AUGGCCAUGGCCGCUGCCCCAUGGAGUGAGUCCCAUGAGGGCUCCAGCAACAAUGAAGAGCAGAGUUUGUUCUCUUGGCAGACACUGUCAACCGUUGAGUCCUUGAUGGGUUAUGCUAUUAAUAGCAAGAUGGCUGACUUGAUGACAUUCUUGUUCAUCAAGUAUCAAAAGAAGGAAAUGACCACCACUGCAGAAAUGCUACAGUGUAUCUUCCAAGGGUGUGAGGAGCAAUUGCCUGAGAUCUUCAGGAUUGUAUUUGAUUGCAUGUACCUAGUCUUUGGCAUUGAUGUGAAGAAAGUGAACCCCUCUAGCCACUGCUACACCCUUAUGCCUGCCCUGGGCCUUUCCUAUGAUGGGCUGGUGCCUGGUGUCCAAAGCUAUCCCAGGAUCACCAUCCUGGUAAUCGUCCUGGGAAUUAUCUUUUUUGAGGGAAACCGUGCCACAGAGGAGAUCAUCUGGGAAGUAUUGAGUGGGAUAGGUGUGUUUCCUGGGAUUGAGCACCCCAUCUACGGGGAGCCCCAGAAAUUUAUCACUGAGGAUCUGGUAAACGAGCACUACCUGGAGUAUAAGCCUGUGCUUUACACCGAUCCUCCUGAAUACGAGCUUGUGUGGGGUCCAAGGGCCCUCAUUGAAACCACCAAGCUGGAUGUCCUGGAAUUUUUGGCCAAGGUCAAAGGUACCACCCCUAGUGCCUUUAAUGAAUGGUAUGAGGAGGCUGUGAGAGAGGAAGAGGCGAGAUACCAAAUUCCAGAUCCUUCUGAAUGGCCAUAA